CUCUCUCUCCUCUCUUUUCAGGCGGUGAUUAAUCUGACCUCUCGCUGUGUGUGUGUGUGAGGGUGUGUGUGAGGGUGUGUGUGUGGGUGUGUGUGAGGGUGUCGUGUCUCUCUCCCUCCAUUUGUCCGCGACCGAUGCGCUUUCGCCCCCCGGGAUGUCUCAGCACUCCACGGCGGUGCGGAGAGCAUGGCCUUCACACAUGACCAACUGGCCGACCUUGAUUGUAAUGAUCGGACUGCCUGCUCGAGGAAAGACUUAUGUUUCUAAGAAGCUCACCCGCUACCUCAACUGGAUCGGAGUCCCCACCAAAGUUUUCAACCUGGGUCAGUAUCGACGUAAUGCUGUGAAAUCGUACAAGUCCUACACUUUCUUCUCUCACGACAAUGAAGAAGCGAUGCAGAUCCGAAAGCAGUGUGCCAUUGAAGCCCUCAAAGACGUGAAAUCCUACCUCACGUUGGAACAAGGACGGAUUGCAGUAUUUGAUGCCACCAACACCACCAGAGAGAGGAGGCAUUUAAUCCUGGAUUUUGUUGAAAAGAAUGAAUUCAAGGUCUUUUUUGUUGAAUCUGUCUGUGAUGAUCCAGAAGUUAUUGCUGCAAAUAUAACGGAGGUGAAAUUAACGAGCCCGGACUACGAAAAUAUAGACAAAGACCAAAUCAUGGAUGAUUUCCUCAAGCGAAUUGAAACCUAUCAAAUAACCUAUGAACCUCUGGAUCCAGAUGAUUAUGACAAGGAUCUGGCCUUCAUUAAAGUGAUUGAUGUCGGCCGCCGGUUCCUCGUGAACAGAGUCCAGGAUUACAUCCAGAGUAAAAUAGUCUAUUACCUGAUGAACAUUCAUGUCUAUCGUGCCAUCUUCUUGUGUCGUCACGGAGAGAGUUUGGACAACCGACAUGGCAGGAUCGGUGGGGACUCGGGCUUGACACAUCAGGGACAAAAGUUUGCCAAAGCUUUGUACAGUUUCAUCAAAGAUCAGGCAGUUACCGACCUUAAGAUCUGGUGUAGCGAGAUGAAACGGACAAUCGAAACAGUGGAGCAUCUCAAUAUACCAUACGAGCAGUGGAAAGUCCUCAAUGAAAUCGAUUCAGGAGUCUGUGAAGAACUGACGUACGUGGAAAUUCAGGACAAAUAUCCAGAGGAGUUUGCAUUACGGGAUCAAGACAAGUACCACUACCGAUACCCAGGAGGAGAGUCGUACCAGGAUUUGGUUCAGAGGUUGGAGCCUGCAAUCAUGGAACUGGAGAGACAGGGAAAUGUUCUUGUUGUGACACAUCAGGCUGUCAUGCGUUGCCUUCUGGCUUACUUUCUGGACAAGAAAGCAGAAGAUUUACCGUACCUAAACUGCCCGCUACAUACAGUCGUGAAGCUAACACCAGUUGCCUAUGGUUGCAAAAUGGAAACAUUUAACUUACAUGUUGAAGCAGUAAGCACGUACCGUAAACGGCCAUUGAAUGUGGCCAUCGAUCGCAGCCGGGAGGAGGCACUGAGCACUAUCCCGCCUUAUGUGGCCAGUGAUUGAAUUCUCUUCAGCGGUUAGUUUGGCGAUGGCGGUAAAAUCGCGUCCAGCCCGUCCCGUCGAAAUGGGAACGCUGAAAAUUGAUGUUAGGGUGUAUGUCUCGGACUGUAUAAUAAACAAAGCCAUCCAGAUUUGCUCUGGGCGGAAAUCAUUCAGCCGUUCAAGCUAAAAGAAAAAUGAUAGCUUGAGAGUAAUCACACCUCGCUGAAC